AUGGCAUACUCAGGACAUUAUGAACCCAAUGCGUCCACUUUCUCUUCCAGCUCGUUAGACCUUAUACCCUAUGCUCCAGGGAGGUAUUACCAGCCAGGACAUAUCAUAGGCGAGGCCGAGGAUUCACCUGCCUCCGCUGUUCCAUCAUCAUCUACAGACCGGAAGUCCAGAAACAAACUUCACUUUUUCGAUAACAUCAACGAUCCAUCGAGUGGUACUGAAGAGCAAGAACAAGAACCUAGAUCUAGGGAUCCUUGGGAAGAGGGAUUCAGGAGUGCACGGGAGACGCUGUCUAGUAUCUUCUCAAAGAAGAGAAAUGAGCCGGAUACGGAUACAAAGCGUGAAUCUUUCAUACCACCCGACCCGACUGUUGAGGAUUGCCCAGAGGAAUCCGAUAAUUCUCAAGACAGUCGGGGAACAUCUUGGAACUUUGAUUCUAGCCGAGCAGGGAGAACGAACGACAGAAAUACCAGAGAAGAUGAGCCUGAAAGAGGUCGAUCAAACCAAAGGGGUGCUGAACAAUUUCGUUCCGGAUUUCAACCUACCGAAAGUACCAAUCGCUUUCCUCGUCAACCUUCACCUGCAAAUCUAAAACAAAAAAGAUCAGCCACUCCUUUCACCAAAGAUAUCCUUUCAAGCUCCGAGUCUGAGUCUGACUCUGAGUCGAACGACGAAAUGCCUUCAAACGAUACAUCGAGACACUAUUAUAUGAGCGGAGCAAAUGGACCUGGAGACUCAAAAGAUAAUAGAUUUCAUAAUUUCUUCUCUCGUCGGAAAUCUUCCUACGACCAGCCUCAGCCUCAACCAAGAGGUGACACGUACUAUCCUCAAAUGUCGACUGAACAAAGUACAUCACCUUUCACGGAAAGAAUUAGGAAUAGACUGAAGAAGCGAAGAAGUGGCGAUGACUCUACGGGACAACGUACGAAUAUUUUCGGAAGUGCAAAUACCUCCCAAUACCCUCAUUAUGGAGGGUAUCCAUUAUCUCCCAUGGAUCCAUCGAUGGGAUAUACGGGCCAGCCAUCACCUCCUUGGAUGGCCCCUUCCAUGAACCAAUUUUAUGGUGGAUAUGGGGAACCACCAAUGAUGAACCCAAGUAUGAUGAUGGGUAUGACUCGAAGUAUGAUGGGAAUGCAGCCCAGUAUGAUGGGGACCAACCCGAAUAUGAUGAGUUACGGAAGCGGCUUUUCGGGAUGGGGUCCAUCUCCACCGACAUACAAUCAAAGUAUGGGAUCACACUCAGGGUUCUUCCCCGCAGGUCCAGAGCCGAUCAAUAACCGUCUCAGUAGACUGACUGUAGCUCGAGUAGCUAUGGAGGCCAAAGCGACGGCGGCAGCAGCCGCCAACACUCCAACAUCUUCCACCGCAGCUUCCACGACGCCCACGAACUUAUCACAGCUGUUAGGUGGCUCAGGGGCUUCUCAACCGUUGAGCUCUCUAGGCGGUCAGUCAAACGUGAACGACCCAAACUCGCGUUGUCCUCAAACACGUUUCGCUAAUAUUCAAGGUCACAGAAUUGAGAUACCGCCAUUUCAGACUCUCAAUGAAGCAAUCUCAGCACAGGUGUCGGAAUCACAGCUCGGCCUUUCGUACGGAAAUACCCAGCAGUCCGAUCUUGACUCGCGAUCAAUGCAGGAUCGUAUGGUCACAUUGCGGACUGGUACGGGUCAAUCCUUACAGGUUCCUGUACCCGCCGGAAGGUCUGUCAAUGAAGUCAUCGACUUGCUACGGAGGAGUGGUCGGCUAUGA